AUGCGAACUGCGACCAGCGAUCUGACCAACUUCUCACAGGGAAAACGCAAGAAGUCAUCCAGCAAGCCUCAAGGACCAAAGAAACGCGAACCCUUAGCCACGACAUUCACAUGCCUCUUCUGCAACCACGAGAAAGCAAUCCAAGUGAAACUAGACAAAAAGGCCGGCGUGGGUAACCUACACUGUAAAGUCUGCGGCCAACGGUUCCAGACGGGGAUCAACUACCUCUCCGCAGCGGUCGAUGUAUACUCGGACUGGAUCGACGCGUGCGAGAACGUCGCGCAAGAGGCCGCGGCCGAGGAGGCGGCAGACAAGAACUUCAGCGACUAUGCAACAGCCAAAGUGAGCAGGAAACCGGCCGCAGGCGGCGGUGCGGGAGAUGACGUGGAGGAGGAUGGCGUUUAUGAUGAUGACUACUGA